AUGGCGCUGGGAGGUCUCGCCGGAAGCAACUGCCAUUGCCAGUGGGGUCUGACGGGCCUCCUGGGUGGCAUUGUCAUCAUGCUGGCGGCAGGCGUCUUUACGGCGCUGCCCGUCUUCUUCGGCUGGUUCCAGUACCAGUUCUACUACGCCCUGUGCUGGUUUUGGUUUAUCCUGGGCGUGGCCAUGACGGUCUUCGGAGUGAUCUACGAACUUUUCUGCUACAAGCCAGCCAAGGCCCGAGAACUCCUGGCGGAGGAGGACGGCAGCGGCCCGGUGAACGCCCCCACGCCUUACAUCAUGAUCCAGCACUUUCACAACAAGCACCCGCUGCAUUUGCUCUACAAGGAUGUGCUGGACGAAGUGGCCGAGACGCGGGCUCACUUCGACCUGGGCAACGUUUGGUCACAUCUGGCGCCCGGCGGCAACGUGUAUCGCCUCAUCAGCUUGCAACAGAUGAGAUUGGCGCACUGCGCGGACCUGCAAGCGCAACUGGAGGACUUGGCCGAGGAGUAUGCGCAGCUACUGGGCAAAGACCAGCCGCCACUGGAGCGGAGGAAUGCUUUGCUGUUGGCCCUGCAGCAGACCCAGGUGGUCCUCACCAAGAAGGGGAAGGACGAGGAAGCCUCCUGGGACGAUGAGGUGCUUCAGACCAAAGGCUUUCCGCCGCUCGAGGAGUUCCUGGUGGGGGAUGUGAGCAGCAUCUGGCCCUACGCGCCCCGAGACCCCCGGGCCCGACAAUCCUGGUUCACCGCGCACGUGGUCGCUAUCAUGGUGGCGGUGGUCCAGACUCUGGGCCCCAUGAUGGUGGUGCUCAGCCUUUGGGAGGAUCCCAGCAACUACCUCAGGACUCCUUUGGCCACUUUGGAGCGCCUGAGUGUCGCCAACGUUUUCUGCGAGACGCGCCCGGUGUCGGAUUGGUGCACCAUCGUCAUGGGCGUGAUCUUCUCUUUCUUCGUGGUGGUGCAGCUGCUGAACUACGCCCUCCAGGAGCUCGAGGACGUGGGUAAAGAUGGUCGCCUGGCUGGGUGCACAUCGAUCUGGCAGUUUGCAGGCGAGAUUUCCCGGGCUUGCGCCACAGCCGAGGGGCAGCCAACCAACGCUCUGGCCGACUUCAAAACCUAA